AUGAGUGACAAUGACUCAAGUGAUUGUGAUGAGCGUCCUGUAAGAUGUAUUUCUGGUCAGGCGACGAAAAGAUUGUGCCAUAAAAAACAAAAAUUCCGUGAAGAUUGGACGAGAAUGGAAUGUUUUAAAAAAUGGCUCAACCCUGUGAAAGAUGAUGUAAUGAAAGCGUAUUGCAGUUUUUGUAAAGUACAUAUGAUUUCAGAACUUUCAACAAUUAAGAAGCAUGCAAAUACAUCUAGACACAAGGUAAACUUUAUAUCUAUGACAGGUUCGAAAUCAAUUACAUCUACAUUCCCAAAAAUUGACGAAACAGCUAUCCGAAAAAAUAAUGCAGUUAAAGUGGCUGAAAUUAAAUUAUGUGGUUUUUUAUCCGAACAUAAUAUAUCAUUCUUAACUGUAGACCACCUCAGCCAACUUUUAAAAGAAUGUUUUGUUGACUCAGAAAUCGCUAAAAAUAUUAAUUUAAAAAGAACAAAAGCCACUAAUAUUGUUAAAAAUGUAAUUGGAAAAUGCCACAAAGAAGAAUUAGGAACACUUUUAAACAACAAUCCUUUCAGCAUAAUUAUUGACGAAAGUACAGACGUCGGAACUAUAAAAACAAUGUGUAUCUGUGUUCGGUUUUUUAAUCCAAUUACAAAAAAAAUUGAGUCAAUGUUUUGGAGCUUAGUAGAAGUAUUCAAAAACUCUGAGUCUGCCAAUGAAGGUGCUACAGCACAAAAAUUAUAUGCAGAAGUUGUUAAAUCUUUUAAAGACGAAAAAGUGUGUCUUAAAAAUGUUAUUGGGUUUGCUUCUGAUGGAUGCAAUACUAUGAUGGGUGCAUGGAACUCAGUAGCCAGCAGAUUUUUAGAAGACUUCCCAGGUGUAAUGAUUCAAAAGUGUAUUUGUCAUUCCUUAGCUUUGUGUGCCAGUGAAGCAUGUAAAGUACUUCCACGCAGGUAA